CCCAGAUAAAUCCCAACUCGGCCUCAGAUUGGACCGCACCAAAGCACCUGAGUGGCACCUCCUCAUUGACCACAAAAGCUCACUCUCAAAACAUCAUCUUCAAUUUCAUCUCACUAUCAUCCACCUCCACAAACCAACCCAAACAAGCAAUGCAAGCAGCCUUGGCAGCCAUGGCAGCCCACACUUUGAUGCUCUCAACCUACUCAUCUCCCACUCUCUUCUCCCAAAUUCAAAGCCCUAACUCUCACCCACUUCCUCACUCCUCCUUUCAUGGCCUCUCUGUUAAGCUCCCACUCAAAUCCCAAUUCCAAUCCAUGUCUCUCGCCGCAGCCCAUAAGCCUCUCACUGUGGUUGCCGCCACCAAGAAAGCCGUCGCUGUCCUCAAGGGCAAUUCCAGUGUCGAAGGGGUCGUCACCUUAAGCCAAGAAGACGAUGGGCCUACAACUGUGAAUGUUCGUAUUACUGGACUUACUCCUGGGCCUCAUGGGUUCCACUUACAUGAGUACGGUGACACAACAAAUGGAUGCAUAUCCACAGGACCACAUUUCAAUCCUAAAAAUUUGACACAUGGUGCUCCUGAGGAUGAAAUCCGUCAUGCGGGUGACCUGGGAAACAUAGUUGCUAAUGCCAAUGGGGUGGCAGAGGCAACAAUCGUGGAUAACCAGAUUCCAUUAACUGGUCCUAAUGCUGUAAUUGGAAGAGCACUUGUCGUUCAUGAGCUUGAGGAUGACCUUGGAAAGGGUGGACACGAGCUUAGUCUAAGCACUGGCAAUGCAGGUGGAAGAUUGGCAUGUGGUGUGGUUGGUUUGACACCAGUGUAACGACAACAUCCUUUUCAAAUCAGUUUGGUAUGAAGAUUUGGCUGCAGUGGUUCAAAAGUUUCUCAUAUAGAGCUAAUCUAUUGAGGGUGUAAUGUAAUAUUAUGGACAAGGUCAUUAUAACAUUUGUGGAAUAUUUUGAUCUCAAUAAACUUGAGUUGCUAUGGUUGCAAUAUGAGAGUGGGGAACUUGCUUUUGACUUUAGAAAGCAGUAAGAUUGGAUUAA